UUUAUAAUUUUUUUCAACGAUUUUUAAUAUAUAUAAUAAAAGAUGGUCAAGGCAAAAAAUCAUAAUAACCAUAGAAAAAAUGUUGAGAUUGAGAAUGAUGCAUCGUCAUCAUCAUCCUCCUCCUCAUUGUCAUCAUCACCAGAUACUAAAACUAAUGAUAUGUCAGCGGAUUCAAAUACUCAAGUCUUUUCUCGCUUAGAAGCUAAAGCACGUAAGCAAAUUUUGAAACAUGGACUUAAGCAAGUUCCGGGUGUUGUUCGUGUUACUCUUUCUCGCCCAAAAAAUAUCUUAAUUCUGAUAUGCAAUCCAGAUGUAUAUAAACAUCCAAAUUCUAACACAUAUAUUGUAUUUGGACAAGUUAAAGUCGAAGAUAUUAGUUCUCAAGAACAAUUAAAUGCUGCACAACAAUUGGCAGAUAGUACUAUUCAAAACACAAAAGAAUCUAUUGUAUCUUGUACAGCUGCAAAUAUUAAAGAAACUCCUUAUAUCGAAGAGGUUGUUGAUUUAGAUGAAACUGGAUUGCAACCAAAGGAUAUCGAAUUAGUAAUGGAUCAAACUAAAGUAUCACGUCCUAGGGCAAUUAAAGCCUUAAAAGAAAAUAACGGAGAUAUUGUAAAUGCGAUUAUGUCUAUUGCAAUUUGAUUUUAGAAUCUUAAAAUAUUUGAAUUUUUUCUCUAUAACUAUAUAA